UUAAGAAUUAUAUAGAUGUAUUCAAAUCGUGCUCCAAAUACCCCGUCAGCUUCACCUUCGUUAGUUCCUUUCAAACAUUUCUCAACACAGACACAUUGUUUCCUUGACAAACUCAACAAAUCACCGAUGGAUCCACCCCCGUCCCACCCCAAUCACCACCACACCUCAGCCUGCAUCAACUGCGGCGGCCCAACCGCCUUCCCACCACCCCCACACAUCUCCGACAUCAACUCACCGCCGCCAGUCUACGUUCCCAUUCGAGCUCCAGCAAUCAAUCUCCCCCCAAAUCCCCAAAACACCCAACAACAAAUCAUCCUAACCCCAGUUCCCCAGGCCCAAGAAAUCUCAAUUCUUGAACCCCCUUUUAAUUUCCAGACCCCUAUUAAGAAAAUCACUUCUCAAUCUGACAUUCAGCAUUUUAAGGAAUCACCCGUUUGUAAAAACUUCUUGGGCUUUGUUGUUUCGCUCUCUGAAUCGAUAAGGGGGCAUAAAUUGUCUGACCCAUGUCACCAAUCAGGGAAAAUAUUGGGCCUUUUGUCAGUUCUUGAAACCCUAGAGAGGUUUGUUGAUGAGAUUCCUCCGUUGCCUCAGGCUGCGAGGUACGGGAACUUAGCGUAUCGAGAUUGGCAUGAGAGAAUGACUGAAAAGGCUGAGUCUUUUGUGGGGGAGUUGCUGAGUGAUGAGCUGAAGGGGGCUGUUGUCGAGUUAGUUCCUUAUUUUACUGAUAGUUUUGGGAAUUGGAAUAGGGUUGAUUAUGGGACGGGUCACGAGACGAAUUUUGCUGCGUUUUUGUAUUGUUUGGCCAGGUUAGGUGUUAUUAAGAGUGAGGAUUAUCAUGCUGUAGUUUCGAGAGUGUUUGUUAAGUACUUGGAUUUGAUGAGGAGGUUGCAGCUGGUUUAUAGUCUUGAGCCUGCGGGGUCUCAUGGUGUUUGGGGACUUGAUGAUUAUCAUUUUCUGCCAUUUAUAUGUGGGUCGUCUCAGUUGGUUGAUCACAAGUAUAUGAAGCCGAAGUCGAUUCAUAAUGAUGAUAUUAUUGAGAAUUUUUCGAAAGAGUAUCUGUAUCUAUCGUGCAUUGCGUUUGUGAAGAAGGUGAAGAAGGGUUUGUUUGCGGAGCAUUCUCCUUUGUUGGAUGAUAUUAGCGGUGUGCCAAAUUGGAAGAAGGUUAAUGGUGGGUUGCUUAAGAUGUAUAAGGUGGAGGUUUUGGAGAAGGUUCCUAUCAUGCAGCAUUUCUUGUUUGGAUCGAUCAUUCCGUGGGAAUAGGUGUAUCAGUCAACAUAAGCUACAUGACGCUUUUCAUGACUUUUGUCUGUAGAAUGUAAGCAAUGGAGAGUACCGGGGAUGAAAUACCUAUAUAUGUAGAGAGAGAGAGAGGUUACUUGCUAAUAAAUGAUUGGAUAUGUUUCAUGUGUUUAAAGAACUUUAGUUGUAAUUUCACCCCCAAAGGUUAGAAAUGGAAGUGGCUAUCCUGAUACCUAUGAAAUGAUUAUACACAGUAGUAGCUACUUCUUGCUGAGAAUUCUAAAUGUAUGGCAGAUUGUGCAGUUUUAUGUUUCAUGAGUUCUCUAAUUUUAUAUCA